CUGCUUUCUCCCCCUCCGCAGGGCGCGGCGAUGUGAACCAUGAGCGCGGCGUGGACGCUGCCCCCCGAGUCGCUGGCGCCCCCGACGGGGCCCCCGGGGGCGGCGGGGCUGGACGCGGAGCAGCGCACCGUGUUCGCCCUGGUGCUGGGCCUGCUGGUGGUGCUGGGCCUGCUGGUGGUGCGCUGCGUGAGGAUCCUGCUCGACCCCUACAGCCGCAUGCCCGCCUCGUCCUGGACCGACCACAAGGAGGCGCUCGAGCGCGGCCAGUUCGACUACGCGCUGGUCUGAGCCAGCCCCAUGCACCCCAAGUCCCCCCAGACCC